AUGGGCAGUCUUGCCGAAGGAGGACCUCAAAUUCCCAUGAGUUUUCAGACUCAGGGUACCCACGCCACUUUACCAGAUACUGGUAUUGGCCCUGACGACGACGUCGUUUCAUUAGUCUCUCGACAUGAAAUUUACGACACCCAUGCUCAUCGAGCAAAGUCGGUGGCGGCCGGUGUACCGGUGGAGGCCCACGAGAAAUUGGUUCUCGAAGUGAAGGGUCCUCAAGAGGCCUUGGGUAAGUCCCAGUGCAUGCUGGAUGCGAUGCAAAGCCGCCUUCAGGCGAUGGAGCAAGCUCAAAAUCGGAGCGAGGCUCAGUUGGACUUGCUAAAUCGCCUACAGCAAUCCGGGGCAGUGCCUAUGUCGUCGGCGCAAGCGCCUCCAAGUUCACAUGGGAAGGAUCCCGGUGCGGCUUUAGUAAGCCUACGUAGAAUUCUGGAUGUGUGCGCAAUUUGCGCGGAAGGUUUAUCGUGUACGCAAGUCCCUUCUUGGCCGUGA